AUGUGUGCUUUCGUGACUUUUAAGGCUAUUGUCCGCCAUAAUCAGCGCACGACCGGUACAGUCGACCAUCGAUAUAAUGGCACCGGCAAUGAAUGCCCGACUCCGGGAGGCGGCGGUGGCGGCGAUGGAAUCGGCGAUAACAUGGACUGUUUGAUGCACGUGUUGGCCCACCUGUCCAUCCGGGAGCGGGUAAAGUGCCGACUGGUGUGCCAUCGAUGGCGAGCGGCUGUCGACAAACUGUCGGCCGGUGUCCGGCGGCUACACAUGUACUAUAAAACUACCGGUUCGGGCGAUAAAUACUCGCACGACUGGCCGCCGGAGAGCGUCGACACGAUUGUGCUGACCGGCGGACAGCGUAUGCCGUUUCAGCGUUUUCAUCAGCUUAUGGUCAAUUUUCCGGCCCUCCAUAGCCUACAGGUGCGCAACGCCACGGCCGGUGACGCCCACAGAUUGCGCGACUGUGAAGUGAUAUUACUAUCGCUACCCGAACUCAUUUAUCUGGACGUGUCCGACAACGAGCUCAUUACCGGCGCUAGUUUUCGCCUAUUGGGCAAGGCGUGUGAAACUCUAUGCGCGGGCAGUGUUAACGCCGACGUGAAUAUAUCGCCAAUACUGAGCGCACUGUCGGAGUCGAGUAACACAACGCUCCGACACCUGGAGCUGAAGGGUUGCGUCGAUCAGCCGGUGUGGCCACUCGGCCGGUGGCGACACUCAUUACGCCGGCUAUCCAUACGGUUUUACUGCCCGCAAGACCAAACACUGGACACCAUGAGCUCAAUCUCAGCCCUGGCCAACCUGGAGGACCUGGCCCUCCACCAGGAGCGUUGUUACGACGAGCCCUCGGCUAUUGAUGGCCAUUCGUUGCGGACGAUUGCCGCCCAGUGUCUCGGUCUGAGACGACUGGCCAUUACCGGCGAGUAUGGCUGGCGGCUGAGAUUGGAUGACAGGGCUGUACAGUAUUUUGUUCAUAAGUGUCAACAACUGGACUCGUUUGUGCUCACAGCUAUUCCGGUAGUUUGUAUUGAGUGA